GUUGUGCUGAUAGAUAUAGUGGACUGGAGUAAGGUCAAUGGAGUGUGUGGUUCAAGGAAUUAUAGAAACACAGCAUGUUGAAGCUUUGGAGAUUCUACUUCAGGGCCUUUGUGGUGUUCCCAAAGUAUCUCUUAGGAUCCAUGAGUUAUGCCUGAAGAGUGCACCUGGGCUUGGAGCGGUAGCCUCAGAGGUUCGACUCUUGUGUGAUCUGGAGCAGCCUGAGCCCACUUGGACUGUUCGACAUGUUGGUGGAGCCAUGAGAGGUGCUGCUGCUGAUCAAAUUUCUGUCCUGGUGAGGACCGUGGUAGAAAGCAAAGCAAGCAAGAAUGUGUUGCGUUUUUUUUAUUCCCUUGGUUACAAAUUGGACCACGAGCUUCUAAGGGUGGGAUUCGCCUUCCAUUUCCAAAGGGGUGUGAGGAUUUCUGUUACUGUUACUUCAGUUAAUAAAAUGCCAAAGCUAUAUGCAGUAGAGGAUGCUGUGCCAGUGACACCUGGUAUUAAACUAGUUGAAGUGACAGCCCCUGCAUCUUCUGAAAACUACACCGAAGUUGAUGUUGCAGUUUCAUCUUUUUGUGAAUAUCUAGCACCGCUCCUUCACUUGUCAAAACCGGGAGUCCCAACAACGGUUGUUCCUACUGCUGCUGCUGCCGCUGCCUCUCUCAUGUCAAAUGGUGGGAGUAAAAUCUUAUAGUGCCAUCUUUUAUCCGCGAGGUAGAUCUUCAGCACUUGUC